GGAAGGGGCCUUGGGCAGGCUGCUGCCGUGGUGCGGGACUACGAGGUCAGCUCCAGAGACCCCUCGGUCGAAAGACGGGGCAGCAUGAAUUGGGUCGGGGGCUCCCGGACCAGAGUUUUAAUCAAGCAGGAAAGAAGAAAACAAAAGGAAUAUUUUGAAAAGAACAGGUUAAAAUCAAAAAUGAAGUUACUGGGAGUUUCAUCGCCUGUCAGAAAUGCCGUCAGUUUAGACCUGCUCAAUCUGUACAUGGUAAAUCAGAUAUCGUGUAAGAACAAAGCCCCCGAAACGGUGAAAAAACCAACCCAUGUGAAUAUGAAUAGGGACAUAAAAAUGCCCCUAAGAAGACUUGAUUUAGAGCUUCCUGGGUCACCUCCCUGCGUACCUUCCGCACUCUGCCUCGAUGACACAGAAGACAAUGUGCACUGUCAAGGACCGGGGAAUAAGGAAGAAGUUGACCCAGUUCAGUUGUCACAAAUCAUAGGAUCAUAUGGCACAAGUGUGUUUGAACCACAGCGCAACAGAGCAGAAAACUGCAGCUUCAUGCCACAGUCCUCAGCGGAGUUGCCUUCUGGUAUGCAUGUUCCAAAGCAGAGGUUCACUCUUGGAACAGCACCUAGUCCUCGGAAAGCUGCUCAUGAAGAAAAGCAGACUGAGCAGCUUUUCAAACUAACUGGAAGUCAAGGCGUCCUUACACCAUCUUACAAAACAGUGCAAUUUGGGAAACUGUUUGAAACAGUAAACAGUCCAGGAAAUGGAAAUCUUCUCACUAGAAGACCAGCUGUAAUUAUGGGUGAAGAGUGUGGUAGCCUGAAGGAAAGAAGACCAUCACAGUUAACUGUUGAAGAGCAGUCAGUGCAGCGUAUUUGGGGGCAGAAUGGAAAAGAGCGUUCACCUUUUCUUAAAGAGAAGAACAAGUCAGCCCCCAUUCUGCUGUCAGAAAAUUACCAUUCUUUGAUUAAACAUAAUAUGAUCAAUUUAUUAAACAUGGACCCACAAAGCAUGAGUGAAACCAUUGACAAGUGUGGCUACAAUAGUAUGGGAGAUUUUUGUGGUGUUGCCAGUUCUAAUCAGGAUCACUCCACUGAUAGAUACACUGGAAGCAUUUUUCCAGUCCCAGAGUUGGCUUUGAAUAAUUCUGUUUUUAAUGAAACAAGAUUCCCAGCAAAAUGUCCAGCAAGUGAAUGCUGCUGGAAGAAUAAUGACAGCAGUGGACAGAAGGCUCUUCGUGUGUCUUUGGGGGAGGAUUGGUCCUCAGCCAGCUCUCAAAGACAGGGAAAGAUUAGAAAUGAUUACCAAGAGAAGAUGCCACAGAAAAAUAUGCAGAGAAGUGCGGAGAACUCUGUGCGUAAGACCCUUUUGCAAGAAUGGCCUUCAGAGCAGUCUGGGGACUUCCAGCGUGAUCAGAUUCUGGUAGAAGAAAGAGCAGCAUGUGCUUUACAAGAUCGCGAUUCUUCAAGUCAGUCUACCAGUUACUCUCCAGGACCCACAGAGAGUUGUUUCACUUCUAGUUCAGACAUGCUGUCUGAAGAGGAGGACCAGGUGUCGCAGCACACUGAAGACUCAAACAUAGUACCUACCAAAGCCAAGGAAGCCAUUAGCAGGUGUGGUGCGGAAGGAGACAAGAUUGCUGAAAAUAAUGCCCACAUUCAGAAAUGCAAUGUGAACUUUCAUCAGUUCCCAGUGAAAAACACGGAGCUUCCUCGGUCUCAGUGCCAUUCCACACCUUUAUUGCAAAACAGGUCCCACAGUAGCUGCCCGUUGCAGAUUGCAGGAUGCGAUGCAGGAGUGCAGACAGACAGCACACCUGCAGGGGAAGCAAAAGCAGAUGCUGCGGUACAGUGUGAUAUCCUCCCCAAGUGUCCGUGUGGACGUGAUGUGUUGUCGCAGUGA